CCACAGCAGAGGAGACAUACCCAGAGCAGCACCAAGUAUGUGGAGCUGAUCAUCGUAGCUGACAACAGAGAGUUCCAGAAACAAGGGAAGGAUGUGGAGAAGGUCAAACAGAGGCUGGCUGAGAUCGCCAAUUACGUGGACAAGUUCUACCGUGCCCUGAACAUCCGUGUAGCUCUGGUGGGGUUGGAGGUGUGGAGCGACCAGGACAGGUGUCCAAUCACCCAGGACCCCUUCACCACCCUGCAUGAGUUCCUGGACUGGAGGAAACUCAAACUGCUGCCCAACAGGCCCCACGAUAAUGCACAGCUAGUCAGUGGGGUGUUCUUCCAGGGUACCACCAUCGGCAUGGCACCCAUCAUGAGCAUGUGUACAGCAGAGCAGUCUGGGGGCAUCGUCAUGGAUCAUUCGGACAACCCCCUGGGAGCAGCGGUUACUCUGGCCCACGAACUCGGGCACAACUUUGGAAUGAACCAUGACACCCCAGAGCGUGGGUGUGGCUGCAGGGUGACGGUGGACCGAGGAGGCUGCAUCAUGACCCCCUCUACAGGGUACCCGUUCCCUACAGUAUUCAGCUCCUGUAGUAUAAAGGAUCUCUCUGCCAGUCUGGAGAAGGGCGUUGGGAUGUGUCUGUUCAACAUGCCUGAGGUCAAGGUUCUCUACGGGGGACAGAAGUGUGGCAACGGAUACGUGGAGGAAGGAGAGGAGUGUGACUGUGGAGAACUGGAGGAGUGUAUGAACCCGUGCUGUAACUCUACAACCUGUACUCUGAAGGGGGAUGCUGUGUGUGCUCACGGACAGUGCUGUCAUGACUGCCUGCUGAAAGCAGCAGGCACCCCGUGCAGGGAUUCCAGUAACUCAUGUGACCUGCCAGAGUUCUGUACCGGCGCCAACCCCCAUUGCCCUGCUAAUGUGUACCUGCAUGACGGGCACGCCUGUCACAACGUGGACGGACACUGCUACAACGGGAUCUGCCAGACACACGAGCAGCAGUGCAUCACUCUCUGGGGUCGGGGAGCCAAGCCCGCCCCAGGGAUCUGCUUUGAGAGAGUCAACUCGGCAGGAGAUCCCUACGGGAACUGUGGGAAGGACUCCAAGGGAUCCUUUGCCAAGUGUGAAGCUCCAGAUGCUAAGUGCGGCAAAAUACAGUGUCAAGGAGGAGCCAACCGGCCAAUAAUAGGCACCAAUGCCGUCUCCAUAGAAACCAACAUCCCCCUCCAAGAGGGGGGCCGAAUCCUGUGCCGGGGGACCCAUGUCUACCUGGGGGACGACAUGCCUGACCCAGGCCUCGUCAUGUCGGGCACAAAGUGUGGCGACGACAUGAUGUGUCUGAACCGGCAGUGUCAGAACGUCAGUGUCUUUGGAGUGCAGGAGUGCUCAGAGAAAUGCAGCGGUCGAGGGUGA